CUGCCCUCUAAGAGCCCCUCCCCUACGGUGAAGGCCAAACAGGGAAAUGGCUCGUCCCUCAGCUGGACCAUGAAGAGGUUCCUGGAGCCCGCUAGCAGGGUACGCUAUGCUACCUGUCAAUCAAUAUAUCAAAGAGUCAAAUCAAAAUCCAAUGUUAUUUGUCACAUGCACCGAAUACAACUGGUGCAGACUUUACCGUGAAAUGCUUACAAGCCCUUCCCAAUGAUGCAGAGUUUAAAGAAAUAAAUAAUAGUGAAUAUAAUAGUAACAAGAGGAAUACAAUAAAAUACACAAGAAUGGAGCUACAUACAGGAAGUACCAGCACCAGAUCAAUGUGGAGGUACGAGUUACCUCUCCAACAAACAAAGUUGGGUUGGAACUCGUAAGAUGUUGCCCUUCUUCAUCCGUGCCAUCUUUAUCAGUCAAUCAAUCAACACAUCCAUCCAUCCAUCCAUCCAUCCAUACAUCAGUCCAUGAAUCAAUCAAUCAAGCCAGUUUUACUUCUAUUGGUAUUGUAAUUACUACAGUCUCAAGGUUCCCCAACAGGCUAUCAUCACUAGUCAUAGUCGACACAUCACCAGUCUACACAUCAAUCAAUCUCUCCUCUCUCUCUCUCUCUCUCUCUCUCUCUAUCUCUCUCUCUUCUAUCUCUCUCCUCUCUCUCUCUCUGUCUCUCUCUAUCUCUGUCUCUCUCUCUCUCUCUCUCUCUCUCUCUCUCUCUCUCUCUCUCUCUCUCUCUCUCUCUCUCUCUCUCUCUCUCUCUCCCUCCCUCCCUGCAGCAAGGGUCACUGAGUUCGGAGGCGGAGCUAUCUCAGUACUUUUCCCAGGAAGUGACCAGUCAUUCAUCGCUGUCAGAAACCAUGGCAAUGGGCUCCAGUGAUGACGACAUGCUCCACCACAGGAGCUGCAACACCUCGAUAGACGACACCUCCCCUACACAGCCACAUAGUACAGUCUACUACCCCCCUACACGGCCACAUGGUACAGUCUACUACCCCUCUACACAGCCACAUGGUACAGUCUACUACCCCUCUACACAGCCACAUGGUACAGUCUACUACCCCUCUACACAGCCACAUGGUACAGUCUACUACCCCCCUACACAGCCACAUGGUACAGUCUACUACCCCCCUACACAGCCACAUGGUACAGUCUACUACCCCCCUACACAGCCACAUAGUACAGUCUACUACCCCUCUACACAGCCACAUGGUACAGUCUACUACCCCUCUACACAGCCACAUGGUACAGUCUACUACCCCUCUACA